AUGAAGGCCUCGGACAUGGCCAUUAGCUGGCGGCGGAGGGCGGAGGCGACCGCGUCCCUUCGGGAGGAGCUGGAGCGGGCAGCGCGAGCGCAGCUCCGGCCUCCAGGCGGAGCUGGGGGUCGCGCGGGAGAGACGGCGGCGCGGCACGAGGGCGACGCGCAGGCGCUCGCGGCCCGCCUGCAGGACGCCGGCAAGCAGCUGGAGAGGGCCCAAGGCGAGGGGCGAGAUGCGCGUCGGGCGCUGGACGGCUCCCAGACGGAGCUCCGACGAGCUCGGUCCCGCGUCGACGAGGCCCAGGCGCUGGCCGAGCGGCGGCUGCACGAGGUCACGCGGCUGGAGCUGGAGCUGGCGGCCGAGCGGGACAGGAGCCGGGAGCUGCAAGCGGGCGAGGGGCAGCUCCAGCGGCUGCUGAGCGAGCUCUCCGGCGUGCGCGGCGUGCAGCGUGACACACAGCAGCAGCUCGAGCGCAAGGAGGCGGAGGCGGAGUCGACUCGUGCCGAGCUGUGUCAGGCCGUCGAGAGGCUCGUGCAGCUGGAGACGGAGGUGGUGGCGCACGACAAGAAGGUGAAGCGCUACAAGGUGGAGCUCAAGAAGUGCCGCUCGCAGGCGCAGCAGCAGCAGGAGGAGGUGUCCAGCUGUAAAGAGCAAAUAUCAGCGCUGGAAAGUCAACUGGAAAAGGCAAAGCAAGGAAGCUUGCAGGAGCUGGCGAGCAGGGAAGGCCGCCUGGAGGCGUCAAGGGCCGAACUGGAGGCGGCCCGGGAGCAGCUCCGCGUGCAGGAGGUGGAGCUGUUGGCGGCACGGAGCGACGGGUCUCGGCUCCACCAGGAGAGCGAGCAGGUCAUCUCGAGCGUGCAGGGCUGGCUGUCGCAGCAGAGGAGCGCUCACGAGCAACUGUGCGGCCAAGUCAAGCAGCAGGGCCGCGAGAUCUCUGCGCUGACGGCACAGAGGGACCACCUGCAGGACACCGUGCAGUUGCUGGCGCAGAAGAACGCCGCUCUGAGUGGCGAGCUGGAGAGCUGUAGGGCCGACCUGGAGCGAGCAAAGGCCGAGGUGGAGCGGCAGGAGACCGUGGUGACGCAGCUUCGCUCGCGACUUCACAAACAAGAGCACGAGCAGGAGCUGGAGUUGGCCGAGAAGGCAGCCGUAGCGACGGACAUGCACGGGCGGCUGAGGUCUCACAUCCAGGUCACCCAGCAGCUCAACGAGCAGCUGAGCACAAUGAGCAAGGAAAACCUGGAACUGCGUCAGAGCCUGCGGAGGCAGGAGAUGACGAGGGGAGACCUGGGUCUGGCCCAUGCUCCACUGCCCUACAGUCGAACCACGAUGCCCUUGCGGGGAUCCCCCAGAAACCCCUACGCCGCCGAGACCAUGCAGGCGAGUCUCUGAGCGCUCGCCGGGCCGAGGUGUGGAUGGGCACGGUCAUCGUCGUCGUCGUCGUCGUCAUAAGCCAUGAUCUAUCCACUGUUGGAUGGAGGCCUCUCUGUCGCGGCCUCGCGAUGAUCGGGCGGAGUCCGGCUCGUGCACGCACGUGGUCGAUUCCCAUCGCUACCUUCAUCACUGCGGUGGACUUCCUCUCGUUAGGAUUGCCACGUGUCCUUGGUGUCCCAGGAUCAUCCUCUUCAUGAGGUGGCCAUCCUGGGAGAUCUGUAAAGUCUUCCCACGACGUUAAAUGUCCUGGUUACAUCAGCACUUAAGUAAACCCGCUAACAUUAAGUUAUCCCCUUCCCUGCCAGUGAUGUGAGAUAUUCUUCUUAUUCCCGUGGUAACGUUUGCUUUUGUACUUCAAAAGAUUGCAACCCUACCUCUUGAUCAGGUUUCCUCCCCCCCCCUCCUCCCCUUUGGCUGCCACUCUAGAAUCGCUCUCGACCGCCGGUCAUCAUUCCCCUCCGGCGAACACGUCCUGCUCACACUCGCUUAACGCUUAAGUCGAUGCGAUGUCUCUAACCUGGCUUAUCUUCUCUCAUCCACGAUGUGCUCCUCUUUCUGUCCCGGUCCAUUUGCAGGUAGAGCUCGACUCUCCCAUUAUUUCAGAAUCGUCAGAAUCUGUAUUUUCAGACUGCAGGAGAUGGAGGAAUCCGAUAAUCUUAUGAAGCUCUUGUCCACAGAUGUCCAGUAUGGGCACGGGGUCCGAUAGAUACAACAGCAAAUCGAUUCCUCUACCAAAUAUUCGACCAAGCGGACACUACGAAAUGGUUGGGGGGGAAACAAAAAGUCUCGUCUCUUGUUCCCACAUGUGCCGCUGGACGGUAGGUGAUGGGUCGGAGCUUAGUGGUGAAGGCGAUGUCGGCAUUAUCAGCCUUGGGGGGCGGGGGAUGUCUGGGUGACCGCCAAUUUUAAAGGGGGGGGCCCCCAAAAGAAUUGACCAUUCUAAUUUUAAUUCAUUCAUGGACUCAAUUGGCUCAUCAUCCCAGCUCUAAUUCCAAGCUUUCACAAGCUCCCGAGGUCAUUGUUCCAUAAUGAGGGCGGUGGUGGUGUCUGGGCAUUUGAGCCGCAGCCUUUGGGGGGCCUUGUCCCUUUAUUGUUGAAAAUUGCAGAACCUGACACCAAUAAAGUUUCCACCCUCCCCCACUCCACCCCCGUGUGUCUCUGACAACUAUAUGUAGUGUGUAUAUUUUAACCAAGAGGCAGAGAUGCAUGCAUUAUUGACCAUUAGGUUAUUAUACAACGUGUGAUUUGUGUGCUUAUAAAUGACCAUAAAUGUGUUUUACGUUGGUGUACGGGCACAAUUUCUGUGUGUAAUGAUCGUAAAUUCUUCUGGUAUCCCAGCGGAAAGAAAGCGCCACGUAAAAACAAGACUUGAUUUAUCGCAGAAGUGUCUGUAUCUAACGUGCAUUCGUUUAUCCGUGGUGGGUGUCUUUGUUUAAUGCUUUACCGCAAGCCGUCAAAUUCUGUAAAUACAGCACGUGAUUUUAAAAUAUACUUUGUCUACAAAACUAUUUUUCUGAUUUUUCUUUUUUAAAGUCAUCACUCACGCGUUUUGAUUUGCAUAUAUCGCCCUCACUCGGCUUGAAAUGAGCGCACAGCGCCAGCUAUAUAACAGGUACUCCGAAAUCAUCUAUAUCAUCUUUUUGCCUAUGAUGACCAAGUAGAAGUAAUAAUCUGUCCGAUCUCGGAAUAUCUCGAGCGCGGUUGAGCCUGCUUACUAAUUGGAACAGGAAGACUGUCUGGGAAUAAUUGGGUUUUGUUGCGAUGGCCUGGAAGGUUGCAAUAGAAUAUUCAAUCUAUCUGUUGCGGAGUUUUGAGCGUUACUACCUCAAAUGCACGGGUUGUAUUCUGGACACUCCAGUUUCCUCCCACACGAAGCCAAAACGCUCCUUCAUGGAUUUGACCAAACAUCCAAACGUGGAACGACGCUCCUGACAAAAGUCUAAGAGACUCGGGAUUUAGUUGAAAAAUAAAUGGCAACCCUUUAUCAAUGUGCUGAUGGAUGACGGCCUCCACAUAUGGAAUAUUUUCUUGCCAGUAUCAAAGAAUGAAAAAUCUGAAUAGAUUUGACCCUUUGUGGCAAUAAAACAGGUGGUGUUAAGAUGUUCAAACACCAAAUAGAAACCUUUUGCCAGGAAUCAAGUCUGCAUGUUCACCACAAUGUAUGCAUUGUCUUUGCAACUGAUUGGCCCACACCAGAGACAGCUUUCUUUAUGGCCUAGAGCACCUUGACACCUCGUGCUUUAAUGCCAGAAAGGGUAAAACCGAUUCUUAGUUUUCCUUCUUUGAUACUGAAAAAAAAGGUCCCAUGAUAUAGCUGCUCACCCCGAGCUAGAAAUGCUCUGAUUUGUGCAUUGGUAUUGUGCUGUUGACCUUUUGGCGUUCUCUGGCUUCCACAUGCUGCGUGGACCAUUGGGGGUUAUGAGACCACACUUCAUCGCGCUGGACAUUGAGGUUUGGAAAAAGUUGAAGGGGCGAGGACUCGCAC